GAGGGAAAGGCAGGCUCUUCCGAGUCGGGGUUGGGGGCGGUGGCAGCGGACAGUGAAGGGCAGCGGCAGCGGAGGAUUCGGCUAUCGGGAUUUCAAUUAUGGCAGGUCCAGAAUCUGACAGUCAGUAUCAGUUCACUGGUUUUAAGAAAUACUUCAAUUCAUACACCCUUAAUGGCAGAAAGAAUUAUGUACUGGCAACUUACGGAGGAAUCGCUUUGCUCAUACUUUACUUCAAGGCAAGGUCUAAAAAAACUCCAGCUGUGAAAGCAACAUAAAUGGAGUCCAGUAUGUGUGUGUGUAUAUGUGUAUACUUUGUCCAUCAUCAAGUUCCCUGGCUGAAGGACCUCCUGCCAACUUAGCAUGUGAUCUGCAAGUCUUGAAAUAAAACAUGAACUCAGAAAA